AUGGCGAGUCGGCGGACUGCACGCAUCAUCAGGCCACUGCUGUACACAGCAGGAGCAGGCGCUGUUGGUGGUGGUAUAUUAUAUACAUCUUACAGGCCGCGAGACAUACCCGGAUCUGAAGCAGCGACUGUUCCUCCACCCACAUAUGGCGAGGGUGGAGUCUUUAGACCGCCCAGCUUUCCUCACGUAAAGACAAGAGAUGAGCAGAUAGCGGACCUCAAGCGAAGCAGUGGCAUAGUCACAUCUAGCAUCGAGAAGGUAAAGAGCGGCGUUGCAGGCUUGAUAACUUCCGGCAAAAGUACAGAACCAGGCAGUGGGACCGUGGACGAAGAUCCGUAUGACUUGCUCGUUAUUGGCGGCGGCGCUACAGGUACUGGCAUUGCACUCGACGCAGCCACAAGAGGCUUGAGAGUUGCCCUUGUUGAGCGCGAUGACUUCAGCUCUGGAACUAGCAGCAAGAGUACAAAACUAGUACAUGGUGGUGUUCGUUACCUGGAAAAGGCGGUUUGGGAGCUUGAUUACAACCAAUACAAGCUCGUCAGAGAGGCGUUGCGAGAACGACGGUAUUUCUUGGACACGGCACCGCAUCUCUCAUCCUGGCUGCCAAUUAUGAUCCCAUUAGAUAGUUGGUGGAAAGCUCCAUAUUUUUGGGCGGGCACCAAGUUCUAUGACUUCCUUGCUGGAGCUGAAAACAUCGAGAGCUCAUACUUCCUGACAAGAAGCAAAGCGCUCGAGGCAUUCCCUAUGCUGAAGAAGGAGGGUCUAAAGGGUGCCUUAGUCUAUUACGAUGGAGCUCACAACGAUGCUCGCAUGAAUGUUUCUCUGGCUAUGACUGCUGCCUUGUACGGUGCCACCGUCGUGAACCAUAUUGAGGUUACAAGUCUUACAAAGGAUGCAAACGGCCGGCUCAACGGUGCUAUCGUCAAGGACAGGAUCCAGGAAGCUAACGGACAAAAAGCUGAAGAAUUCAAGAUCCGAGCCAAGGGUGUCAUCAACGCCACUGGACCUUUCACUGACUCUAUUCGCAAAAUGGACGAUCCGACUGUGCAGGAGAUUGUGGCACCAAGUUCAGGCGUGCACGUCGUUCUCCCAGGGUACUUUUCGCCUGCUGACAUGGGCCUAAUUGAUCCGAAGACAUCUGAUGGUAGAGUUAUCUUCUUCCUGCCAUGGCAAGGGAACACAAUCGCUGGCACCACGGAUGCGCCCACAGAAAUCACCCAGAAUCCAAUUGCAGGCGAGGAGGAGAUUGAGUGGAUAUUGAAUGAGAUUCGCGGAUAUUUGCAGCCCGAAAUUAAUGUCCGACGAGGCGACGUUCUUGCCGCAUGGUCAGGUAUCCGUCCACUUGUUCGCGAUCCCAAGGCAAAGAAGACUGAAGGCCUGGUUCGAAAUCACCUCAUUACCACCUCCGAUUCUGGUCUUAUAACAUGUGCCGGUGGAAAGUGGACUACGUAUCGCGAAAUGGCCGAACAAACAGUAGAUGAAGCCAUCAAAGAGUUCAAGCUUCAGACAAAACCAUUGCUAAACCCACCUCGAGUUAGUGGCACCGAGAUUGCCGAUGAAAAAGCUCUUUAUGAUGGGACUUGCCAGACACAUCAAGUCAAGCUUGUUGGUGCCCACGGCUUCUCAAAAACUCUCUUCAUUAACCUCAUUCAGCACUUUGGUGUUGAAACUGAUGUUGCCAAAUAUCUUACCACUGCGUAUGGAGACCGUGCAUGGACUGUAGCUGCACUCUGUGCACCUACGAAUAAGCGCUUCCCAGUUCGAGGUACCAGGAUCUCAGAGCUUUAUCCUUUUGUGGAUGGUGAAGUUCGCUAUGCGGUUCGUCACGAGUAUGCUCAGACGGCUGUCGAUGUGCUUGCGCGGAGAACUCGGCUCGCGUUCUUGAAUGCUCAAGCGGCCCUUGAAGCGCUACCAAAAGUCAUUGAUCUUAUGGCUGAAGAGUUGAAGUGGGAUAAGAAGAGGCAAGACAAGGAAUUCAAGGACGGCGUUGCUUUCUUGGCCAGUAUGGGCCUGCCAAAGGCCAAAUUGGGCCUGACACGAAAGGAAGUCGAGAGCGGGAAGGUGGGCAAAUACCCCGACGAAGAAUACGGGCUUUAUGCACGACAUGACAAGCCUGCAGAGACUCUGGAAAGUGACUCGAAGAUUCCCAGUGGACGAAAUCCAACUCUGGCCUCAGAUUCCCCUGCGAAUAAGUAA